ACAUUCAAAGAGAGCGACAAGUUUAUCGUACUGACAAAAAUAAAUGUGUAACCUAUAAGAAAUAAAACUGUCCCCGAAAGUAUCUUUAGGGAGCGCAAUAUGCCUACAAUCUCCAAACUAUUUCCAAUUUUACGGUCUACUAGUACAGUAGAAUGUGUUCCUGUAUUAUUGCGGCUUUCCAAGCUUCAACAAUUUCGUUAUUAUUCAACUGAAAAAGAAAGCGGUUUGGCUCGGAGUCAAGAAACAAGCCAAGUUUCGACAGAUGUUCGACCCCUAGGGGAGAAAAUAAAAGAAACGACUAAGACUGCAACUUAUACUGGAGUCAUUUUAAUGGGCGCUGGUGUUACUGGUGUAAUAUUUUAUUACGUGUUCCGAGAAUUGUUUUCAAGCAACAGUCCGAAUAGCAUUUAUUCUGAGGCACUAGAAAAGUGCAAGAAUGACCCCAGAGUUGAAGAUGCCUUAGGUGCACCCAUUAAAGGCUAUGGUGAAGAGACCACUAGACGAAGGCGUUCUCACGUGAGCCAUGCUAUCUAUGAAAAGGAUGGAGUGAAACAUAUGAGAAUGAGGUUUUAUAUCAAAGGAAUCAGGAACAAGGGAGUUGUGGAAUUAGACAUGAAGCAGAAUGACUAUGGCAAUUAUUUGUGCCGCUACCUGCUUGUACAACUAGAUGAUUACUCUGGCAAGACCUUUAUUAUUGAAGACAAUAGAGCAGAGCUGGACAAGAAAUUAGAUUUUGGUGGUCAAUUAUCAACACUCACACUUAGCCAGUAACAAUUGAAAAAGAUGUAAAUUGUAAAAUACUUCUUAGAUACAUAAGUAGUCAUUGUUAAAUGUUAUUUUAAAUAAAUAAAAGUAGAAUACAUAA